UCAAAUUUUUUCUGUUUUGAAAUUUUGCUCUGCUCAUUAUUCAAGCCAAGUGUCAAAUUUUUCAACCUUUUUCCAUUUUCCACCAUCGGAAUUAUCAGAUUUGAAUUGAAAUUAAUAAAUUUUGCACAAUAGUGCAGUAAUUAAUUAUGAAUAUUCUCUUUUUUUGAGGAAGAAAACGACAGUUUUUGAGGAGAAUUCCCGGAACAAGUUUUUCGGCGAAAUAAAAAUAGAAAAAAAUGCAGAGAGAGGAAAAACAAUUGGACGCCUCUUUGGAGGCAAUAAUUGCUCGAGUUAAUGAUUUAAAAUCAUCAAUCGCUGGGAUGAUUUUCAAAUUGGAGCACGAAUAUGAAACACUUAAUUGGCCGAGUUUUCUCGAUAAUUUUGCUCUUAUUUCCGGUCAUUUGACAAGUCUGACGAAAUUAUUGAGUCAUGAAAAAUCGCCAACAUUGAGGAAUUUGACGGUAUUACCAUUGCACUUGAGUCCCGAGAAGGAUGAUGAUUUGAUACGAAUGACCGAGGGAAGAAUAACGGUUUUCGCACACGAUUUGGUGCCCGAUUAUUUGCGAACAAAGCCCGAUCCAAAUGUUGAGGCAAAAAUGACAACAUUGGAAACAAAAGCGGCGAAUCUCAGUUAUGAUUCCGCUCAUAAACAAGUCGCGCAGUAUACAAAAGUAAUUGGACAUGUUUGGGAUAUUGCGAAUAAAGCGCGUGAGGAAUGGGAAAGUGAGGCUGGAACACGUGCGGCACAAGCGCAAACGAGUAGCGCCGCCGAUACACAUGCUCUCGUUGCGGCAAUUGGAAUGGGAAAAGGUCUCAAGUCCGAUUCGGUUCAAAUGGUUCAACCUGGAGUAUCGCCGGGACCUGGAGGAAUGAUGGUCGGAAGACCUGGAAGUCAAGGCCAACCUGGUGGUCAAGGUCCAAUGGGUCAAAUGACAAAAGCACCGAGUACAAUUAAGACCAAUAUUAAAGCAGCCUCGCAAAUUCAUCCUUACGGACGAUAAAAGACUUAAAUAUUAAAAUUUUCCCCCGUAAUUUUUCUUUUUCUUUAAGUACAUAAAAUUGAAACGAACUGAAAUCUUUUUACCGCUUUGAAAAUAAUUAAAAGGCGGCAAAAAAAUGUUCAAUUCUAGAAAAUUUGGGAAAAUUUGUUUAAAAAUUUAAUUUAGAUAAUUUAAUUCAAUAAUUAUAGGUAGUCUAAUUUGUAAAUACAAAGUGCGAUUAACUUUGUCAAGGGAAAGAGAAGGAAAGUAUUAUAAUUUUCUUUUUU